GUACAUUGUCUCUGGUCUAUAAAGUACUUCCGUACCGGUACCAUACGUAAGCUUAAAUCACCUGAGCUGAGGAGUUAAUUAAUUCUGCAAACACGUCCUACAGCAAGACAAGAUGGUGAAGAUACGAUACACGAUGCCAUUUUGGAGAUUCAGUACAUUUGCAAGGUUUCUGGUGUUCCUGGAUGGUGCGCUAUCCCUUGCUCUAUGGGUGACGGGUGGUCAUACAGCCUACAUGGAGAGCAGUGUCAUGCACUGGACUAUCCUGGGCUCCAUCUUUGAGCUGGCCUGCCUGGGUCUGUUCAAGAUGCUGUUUGUCUUCUACGCCUUUACAAAGAUGGAAGACGUCUCCCUGGCUCUCCUGGACUUCCCCUUUGACGCAUCUCUCAGAUCCUGUAAGAAAUCGAGCCAUAUCUUCACCAUCUUCUUCAGUCUCCUCAGCUUGGCCUACACAGCCACCAAGGGUGGCCUCAUCUUAAAUGCCAUUCUCAAUGAUCCCAAAUAUGAACUGAUGCAUGUUACCUACAACGUCCUGGUCAUCUCUUCAGUUGUGUUCUCCUUCUUGGAGUUAAUCACAGCGUUGACAGGACCUCACUUCAUGCGUAAGCUACAGCUCAUCCGGAUUGAACACACAGUCAAUGACGAGGAUGAGGAGAAGGAGAAGAAAGGGAGCUCAGCUAAUCUGGGCAGAGUGUUGGCUCUCGCCAAACCUGAAGUAUGGUUGAUUUCGCUAGGAAUGGUGGGUUUGAUUGGGGCAAGUGCAUCAGCCAUGGCAGCCCCCCUCUUCUUUGGGAGAGUGGUGGAUGAGGCUGUCACUUCGACUUCGAUGGCCGGUGUGAACAAAGUCGUACUCAUCUUAUUCCUCAUCUUCCUUGGGGGCGCCAUUUGCUCCAUGAUCCGCUCGUGGUGCUUCACGCUCGCCGGGACGCGAGUGGUCUGCCGUCUGAGGAACACCCUGUUUGCUUCCAUCAUCAGGCAGGAGGUGGCGUUCUUUGAUACGAACCGCACGGGUGAACUCACGAGUCGGCUCUCCUCCGACACUCAGGUGGUGCAGAAUGCCGUCACGGUGAACAUUUCUAUGCUUGUGAGAUACUCUUUUCAAAUUCUGGGGUCGAUUGCAAUCAUGUUCAGUCAAAGUGCCGCCCUUACUGGUGUGUUACUCUCUGUGGUCCCUAUCAUAGCAAUUGGUGCAGUGCAGUAUGGACGAUAUGUCCAGGUAAUCCAGAAGAACUUUCAGGAUGCUCUUGGUGAUGCAGGUACUGCCGCAGAGGAAGCCCUGUCCAGCAUCAGGACCGUACGCUCAUUCAUAGGAGAACCCAAGGCCAUUCAAAGCUACGAGAAAGAGAUUGGCAAGAGUUAUCACUACGGCAAGAGGAUCGCUGCGGCAAAUGGUGUGUUCAAUGGCAUCGUUGGACUAGUCAUGCAGGGAGCUAUAGCACUUGUGCUUUGGUAUGGUGGCAAGUUGGUGUUUUUAAAUAAUAAAGACCCUACACAAGGCAUUACUGUUGGACAGCUUACAUCUUUCAUGCUUUACACUUUGAACGUGGCCAUGGCCUUCGCCUUCUUGUCGGCCCUCUACGGUGACUUCAUGAAAGCCGUAGGAGCGUCGGAGAGGAUCUUCAUGCUGAUGGACAGGAAACCGGAGAUCCCCGAAGAGGGAGGCCAAGAGAUCAUGGACUUUACUGGGGAGAUCUCUCUGGAAACGGUCACUUUCACUUAUCCAUCAAGACCAGAAACUAAGAUAUUACAGGAUGUCAGUUUUGAGGUACAGCCUGGUCAGAUGGUUGCCCUCGUAGGUCCAUCAGGGGGAGGCAAGUCUACCAUUGUCAAUCUAUUGGAGCGAUUCUACUUUCCAGAUUCUGGACAAGUCAAAUUUAGUGGUGUCGAUCUAGCAAGCCUUGAUCCUAGAUGGUUUAGACAAAGGGUCUCAUUAGUGAGUCAGGAACCGGUACUCUUUGCGUGCUCCAUCAGAGAUAACAUCUCAUACGGCAGGAACGCUACAGAUGAUGAGAUCUAUGAAGCAGCUAAGAUGGCCAACGCACAUGAGUUUGUGACAGGUUUCGAGGAGGGGUACGACACCAUGGUCGGUGAGAGGGGGAUCAUGCUCUCGGGAGGUCAGAAGCAGCGACUGGCCAUCGCUAGAGCUCUUAUUAUGGAUCCUACGGUACUAUUGCUCGAUGAGGCAACGAGUGCCUUGGAUGCUGAGAGUGAGCAUCUGGUACAGGAGGCUAUCGACAGGGCCAUGGUAGGGAGGACAGUGCUCGUCAUUGCUCAUCGACUAUCGACAGUCAAACAUGCAUCUCAGGUGAUCGUGAUCAAGAAGGGCAAGAUUGCUGAGAAGGGUACCCACCAGGAGCUACUUGACAAGGGUGGGGUCUACAAGAAACUGGUGCUGAGGCAGCUCAGUACCGGAGGAGGAGGUGGGGGCGUGGCCGAGACGGUCUCCAACGAGAAGAAUGGUAACAUCGAUGAAGAAUUGGAUGAUAUAGAUGAGGCGGAUGAAGAUUAGAUUAGGGCUCUAGCUUUGAUGUCUCGGGAGGACAAUGGACCAAUCGGGGAAAUUUUUAUUAUUGAAAUUGAAAUGUUGCUGUGGAUGAGAAGAAGACUAGGUGUGAAACUAUGAACAAGUUUGGCAAGUUUGAAAUUGGAAAUGGAAAUUGGAAAUUGAGAUCGAAAUGUAGUGUGGACAAUUUGGAUGAAAAUUGAGAAAUGGAUCUUUGAUGUCUUGGGAGGAGAAUGGAUCAAUAUAGCAAAAUUUGAAUUUGAAUUUGAAAUAAAUAUGAGAUGGAUUACGACUGAAAAUGACAUAUCAUAUCUAGUAUCAAAAUAAACAAAAUUUACCAUUUAAAUUUAAAUUCUAAUUCAAAUUUGAAUUAGAAAUCGAAAAUGUUGCUUUGGGUAAAGAUUGAUGAAGAUUAGAGAUGGUGCAAUAAAAAAAAAAGAACAAAUAUGGUUAUUUUGAAAAUAGAAUUUGGAAAUUGAAAUGUUGCUUUGGAUGAGAUGAAGAUUAUCAAAUGAUAGAGGAGAAGGGACCAAUAUGGUAAUGUUAACAUUGAGACUUGAAAUUGAACUUGGAAUUCAAAGUUGAAUUGGAAUUGGAAAUGUAGAU